UAGAGGGCGGGUGGUUCGACGAAGCUGGCGACUUAGAUCUGGAAGAAGACUGACUGGCGGGAGUUGAUGCUUGACUUUGCUAUUGUUGAUGAGACAAGUGACCCGCGAGAUGUUAUUAUUUUUAAAACACUUUUUAAAUUUUUUUGCUUUUUAUAUGAUUCACAUGGCACAAUAUUAUUAUAACACUGGGUUCUAUCUAUGUGCCAAGUGAGCACACUGAUAAUUUUUUUGAUGGGAUUCUAACGGAAGAACGAGAUUGAUUUACGGCAUCUAAUUUUCAGGAUGAUUUCAAUGACUAAAGUGAGAUCAAUUUAUGAUCAAACAUUUUUUAUUUUAUUUUUUUAUUUUUUAUUUUUUAUUUUUUUACUUCCGUCCUUCCAUGGCCACUUCUCUAGUGUUGCUUACUUUUCAAGCUUCUGAAAUCAAGUCAGAUGCAUAUUCCUUAUUUUUGUUGGGCAUGACCUUAUGAUCCUAUGGAAGUCAAUCAUGCAUGUUCUUGUAGGCACCAAGUCUGUCUCUACUCACUACGAGCCACCAGCAGAGAUUUGGUUUUUGAUUCUAAAGUAACUAAAGAUAUUGCAACCAAUUUGCAACUUAAUUGAAAACAAACCAACCAACAAUGUCCAACCUGUCAAAUUACAAUAAAACACUAUACAGAGAUGAGAGAUGUUUCUUUUACGUUGAGGCAACCACGACUGGCACUAAGGCCAAUAGCAAGUCAACUAACAAGCACUUUUUUUAAGUCCUCUACUGCUGAUUAAUUGACAUUGUCAAUCAAUUAAUUUUAUCAAAUAUUAAAAAAAUAUAUAUAUUGAAAGAGCUCAGCUGGCGGGUAACGUUGGUUUUGGUUGGCAAAGUUCACAUGGCUCUCACUUUGUAUCAUUCAAUUCAACACAUCACAUGAAAAAUAAAUUAAUUAAUUAAUUAAAAAAAAUAAAUAAAAAAAGAAAUUUUAGAAAAGAAAAGUGUAGCCCAAGAAAAAGUUGAGCACCUAGCUAGUGACUUAAGAAGAAUCAGGAACCACCUUGAAAAUGGCCUCCCCUUUUCUUUAUCAAACGUGAUCAUAGUUUCUUUUUCCAAACUUUUCCCAACAUUUUGCAUCCUAUUGGAUUUAAAGGAAGCAAACACUUUUAACUUUGAUCAUUAAAGCUUGGAGCUCGAUCAGCAAAAAACUUUUCUUUAUUUGUCUUCAACAAUAAUACAGCCAGCCAUGGAUACUUCUAUGAAAAGAAGAACGCUGCUUAAGGUCAUCGUCCUUGGAGAUAGUGGGGUAGGAAAGACGUCUUUGAUGAAUCAAUAUGUUUAUAAGAAGUUCAAUCGACAAUAUAAAGCUACAAUUGGUGCAGAUUUUGUCACCAAGGAACUUCAGAUUGAUGACAAAUUGGUGACUUUGCAAAUUUGGGACACAGCAGGGCAAGAAAGAUUUCAUAGUCUUGGAGCUGCGUUUUAUCGAGGAUCAGAUUGCUGCGUUCUUGUGUAUGAUGUGAAUGUUAAUAAAUCAUUUGAAGCACUUCAGAACUGGCAUGAAGAGUUUCUCAAACAGGCAGAUCCAACUGACCCGGCAGCAUUUCCCUUCAUACUACUGGGAAACAAAAUUGACAUAGAUGGUGGAAACAGCCGUGAGGUUUCUGAGAAGAAAGCUAGGGAAUGGUGUGCUGCAAAGGGAAACAUACCUUACUUUGAGACCUCGGCGAAAGAGGAUUACAAUGUUGAUGAAGCAUUUCUAUGUGUUGCAAAAACAGGACUAACCAAUGAACAUGAACAAGACAUUUACUUCCAAGGUAUUUCAGAAACUGUUUCAGAAGCAGAUCAAAGAGGAGGCUGUGCAUGCUAAGGAUGGGCCACCUCUUCUGAAUAUGUAAAUUUUUUCUAUAAUUUUUUCAUUCUUUUGAGGGUGGAAGAAAAUAUUUCAUACCUUCAUGUGUUAUAGUGUGCCAUCGAGCAUUCCUAAAUGUACCAUUGUGAGUCUAUAUUUUAGCUCUAAUUUUCACAACUGCGUAUGAAAUGAACUAUGUACCAUUGUUUCUGUUCGAAUUAAAAUA